UCUGGGACGUGUAGUCUAUGCGCCCCGCGUUUCCGAUGUAGGAUGCGCUGCGACAUCCGCCGAAGGCACUACGUUUCCCAUAGUGCUUUGCUGGGUGUUAUGGCGGACAGCAAUGACUGCGGAGUUUGAUGAAGAAGUGGUGUUUGAGAAUUCACCACUUUACCAGUACCUGCAAGAUUUGGGACACACGGAUUUUGAAAUAUGUCCGUCCUUGUCACAGAAAAGAGAGGAUUGUCCGGAUGGGAAUGGGUGUCAAGAACGGGAUGUUCACACCACAGCAAAACAAAGCAUAUACUCAAGAACAGCUGAACUACUUCAAAAGUGGAACCUAUUUAAUUCAGAAAAGAAAAAAGAUGAGAAGAUUCAUUUGUUGGAUGUCGGAUUCCGACUGGAUAGCCUUCGCACAAUCCUGCAGCAGGAAGUCCUGAUACAGGAGGAUGUGGAGCUGAUUGAGCUGCUUGACCCGGGGAUCCUGUCUGCUGGCCAGACCCAGAAUCAACAAAAUGGAUACCUUCCUACCCUGCGCUCCAUUGCAAUGCCUAGUAUUUGGGACAUGUCCAUCUUGUUUGCCUUCCUCAGUGCUUUGGCAGCUUUGCAGUCCUGGAACAUCUCUUCCUCGCUCAUCUGGGGGCCUGGACUUUUUCUAGUUGCCAUUUUUACCGUCCUGCGCGCAAUGAAAGCGUUGCAUGCAGCCAGGCUGCGAGUCACGCUGAAAAAAUACUUUGGCAAGUUUGAGGCAACUGUAGCAAACAGCCGAGCAUUCACCAACCUGGUGAGAAAGGCUCUACGACUUAUUCAGGAAACUGAAGUCAUAUCUCGAGGAUUCACCCUUUUGCUUGACAGGGUCAGUGCUGCUUGUCCUUAUGAUAAAGUUGGACAGCACACCAGCCAGCAACUCCUUGGUUUACGCAAAGCUGUCUACAGGACUGUCAGAACCAACUUCAGAGUGUCACAUCUCGCUACGCUGUACAUGCUCAAACAUUACCCCUUAAACUCUGAGAUUGAUAAUGUGAGCAACUAUAUCUGUGUUGUCCCGUUGAAAGACUUGGGCUUGGGAUUAAGUGAGGAUCACGUGUCUGAGGAAGAAGCUCACAAUCUAACAAAUGGCUUCAGCCUUCCAGCUUUGAAGGUUCUCUUUCAGCUCUGGAUAGGACAGAGCUCGGAGUUCUUCCGCCGCUUAGCUCUGCUUCUCUCUAUUGAAAAUGUGUCUCAAGGUCCUAUAGUAACUCCAGAACAAUUCCCUCACUACAUCUGGUCUGAUGUGGCCCAGGAUCUACCUCAGACUCAAGCUACCUGUCUGAGCGAACUCAAGCGCAGCUACGAGUUUUACCGUUACUUCGAAACCCAGCACCAGUCAGGAGUGGAGCGCACAGCUAAGAGAAAGCCUGAGACGGGAGAACUGAGCAACUUACAUGGAGCUGUGCGCAGUCUUCAGUUACAUCUGAAAGCUCUUCUUAAUGAGGUAAUAAUUCUUGAAGAUGAACUAGAAAAACUUGCCUGCUGUAAGGAAACCCAAGGAAUGUCAAGUGAAGCAUCCCUUGUCCUGGAAGAGAAGCUGAAGAUGUUACAACCUCAUGUACAGGCUAGUAAUACCUGCUGGGAAGAGGCCUUAUGCCAAGUUGAGAGAAUGGUUCGAAGGCCACCUGCAAAGAAAGAUAUUUCAAACUCCUGUGAGAAUUCACAUUGCCCUCCAGUGUCUCUUGUGCUUCCCACCCUACGUAUUGAAGACAAAGAUCCAGUCCCUGAAGAGCAGGAAUUGGAGGCCUACGUGGAAGACACGGCUGCAGAUGAAUUCUGUAGUGAGGAUGUGUAUUUCUUCUCUCCAGAGGAAAGGGAACGACAGAAACGAGAAAGGGAAGAAUCCAAGAGGGUAUUGCAAGAGUUAAAGGCUGUGCUAGGGUUAAAGGCAUCAGCAGCAGAGAGACAAAAAUGGAAGCAGUUACUGUUUAGUGACCACGCUGUAAUUAAAACCUUGCUACCCGAGGAGCCAACCAGUGCUGUUGAACCAUCUUUGAGUUUGGAUGCAGAUGAGUUGUCCAAUAACAAAACACUAGAUUUUCAUGAAGAAAUCAGUAGGGAAAUGAAUGGUACUGGAGAUGACCAUGCAGAAGAGGAUUCCCACCAUCCACUUAGUGAUCUUGACAAUGAGGAGAAGAUAUUUAAUUUGUUGGAAGACACUCAGCCAACCGAAAGUGAAGAGCAGAUGGUUCCUCCCUGUCCAGAACCUAGGACUGUGUUGCCCGCCUCUAUCAAGGAGCGGCUUGCCCGUAUCCAUCAGUCAUCAGAUCUACACUUUGCGUCUGGACUAGCUGCACAAGUGGCUGCAAGAUCUCUCACUUUCACUUUCUUUCAGGAGCAGACUUUUGGGGAUGAAAGUGAUGAUGAUGUGGAUCUAGUAAACAAUGGAGAUGAUCAUGCAGUAGAGGGAGAUGGUUUAGACAUUCGUGCAGAACAAGAGGGAUAGCCCCAUAGCCUACGAGAUAGUCUCCCACCCCGAGUCCUGCAUCAUGCAGAACACUGAAUGUCAGGACACUUACUUAACAGACAGGACAAACACUAAGCUGAGGACAAAGAAACUUUGUGGUUUGGUCCUCUGUGCCAGGAAGGCAUGUAACUUAUAACUCUGCAAUGCCUCAAUGAACCCUCAGAGCACCUAUAUGUUUUGUGAUCAGCAAUGCCUUAUAGCAGGGGUUAGCCGACAGGUAUUUCCCCAAUCGUUCAACUGUAAUCCCCACGAUCCUCAGGCAGAGGCUACCUAAAGAUCUUCUUAGUUGGGGUUUUCAACACAGCAGGCAAGGAUCUGUUGACAAUCCCUGUCUUACAGAUAACAGUAUGAGUGCUUAAUUGCAAAGCCCUCUCUGCCCCCUCUGGAAAAACAGAGGUUAAUGUUUUAGACCAGUUAAUGGGCAACAGUCCACGGUGUGACCUAAUUUCAAGACCGAUGCAACUGCCUAAAUAUGUUUUUGGAUUAUUUUAAUAUUUAAUGUUAUUUAUUCAGAUUUUUUUCUCUCUCUCAUCAUGUUCUAGAAUGUUAAUAUUGCAUCAUCAUCACCAUCUAUGUUGUCUUGUUUUCUACCAAAAAAAGGCAAAAAGAUUCUUUGUUUUAGAAAUAUAGGCAAAUGUUCACUGUUUGGUAUUCUGCCGCCUUGGCUGUUUCUAUCCAGUGUGUACUGGCUAAUGAUGUUCAUUUGUGACUAUAUUUCUUACAAAAUAUUAUACUUCAUUAAGCUUAGGUUGUUCAUUUUUUUUAAAUAAAAUA